UCCGGUUUCAAGAGAGCGCGGGUGGCACGAGGGCCGGCAGAUUUUUUUGCCCCGCGGAAUGUGGAUUAUGCCGGGAGCUGGAGCCAAUAAUAAAAAGCGGAUGGAGAGAGCAGCGGCUUUGCGAGGGUGAAAGGUGGAGGCGCAGCAAAACCUGAAGAUAAACCCUGCAGCUUGGAAACAAGAGCCGAGCAGAAGAAGAAGAAGAAGCAGAAGAAGAAAGAAAAGCGGGAGCGCAGCAUGUGUACACAGAGAGAGGAGUCGUGUCUGAAGAACGCAGCACUUGACUAUAGACUCGCUAAAGAUGCGCAUAAUAGGAGUGCUUCUGGCCACUCUGCUGGCCCAACAGGCGUCUGCCCAGCUGGCUGAUGUUGACUGGUGGAAGACGACCACCUUCUAUCAAGUCUACCCCAGAUCGUUCAAGGAUACUAGUUCUGAUGGAAUUGGUGACCUCAAAGGAAUAACUCAGAAAUUGGAUCAUUUCGUGGACAUUGGAAUCGGCGGCGUGUGGUUAUCACCAGUAUUCAAGUCGCCGAUGAAGGAUUUCGGCUAUGACGUCUCUGACUUUAGGGAAAUCGAUCCCAUUUUCGGCACCAUGGCCGAUUUUGAAGAGCUUGCCCAAGGUUGCAAGGAUAGAGGACUUAAGUUGGUUCUGGACUUUGUACCCAACCACUCGAGUGACGAGCACGAAUGGUUUACCAAGUCGAUUGCGAGGGAAGACCCAUACACGGAUUACUACACAUGGCAAGAUCCAAAGGGUGUGAACGAGAGUGGCCACCCCAUUCCACCCAAUAACUGGUUGAGCGUCUUUGGUGGCUCUGCCUGGGAGUACAAUGAGGAACGUGAGCAAUUUUAUUUGCACCAGUUUGUCGCUGGACAGCCUGAUUUGAACUACCGCAACCCCUUGGUUGUGACGGAAAUGGAAGAUAUUUUGAGAUUCUGGAUGGACAAAGGCGCCGAUGGCUUCCGUUUGGACGCCUUUCCUCACUUGAUGGAGGACCAAACCUUCCCCGACGAACCCCCAAGCGACGACCCCGAGUUUACGCCUGACCAGUGGGGCUCCCUUUCGCACAUUUACACCGCCGACCUACCUGAACUCUAUCCAAUCAUCUAUGGCUUCAGAAAAGUCGUCGACGAAAAGCAAGAAGAGCUCGGCAGACAAAUGGUGAUGAUGGUUGAGGCAUACACCAGCUUGGAAAACACGAUGAAAUAUUAUGGCGAGGGAGACGUAAUGGGUGCCCACUUCCCCUUCAACUUCGAGUUCAUCACCAACGUGAACAACGAAACCACCGCUUCUGAACUGAAAGCAAUCAUCGACAGGUGGCAAAACGCCCUGCCCAGCGGUGCGUGGUCUAACUGGGUGAUUGGAAACCAUGACAGAACAAGGGUGGCGUCACGUUUCGGCCGCGAUUUCAGCAUUGCGGCCAUCACGAUGGGCCAACUGCUUCCAGGCACUGCCAUCACCUACAACGGCGAGGAAAUCAACAUGGAAGAUACAUGGAUCUCGUGGGCAGACACGGUCGACCCCCAGGGAUGUCAGGCUGGACCUGAAUUCUACGAAAAGUUCACCAGAGACCCUGUCCGCACACCGUACCAGUGGGAUGACUCAGUUUAUGCGGGUUUCACGACUGCUAACUCCGACAAACCCUGGCUGCCAGUGAACGAUAAUUAUAGAGAAUUGAACCUUGCCGCACAGAAGCUAGAGGAAAAUAGCCCAUACGCCAUUUACAAGAAAUUGACCGCGAUGAGGAAGGACAUGAACGCCGUGAGGUCAGGACAGCUGGGAACCUCAACCGUCGGGGAUGACAUUUUCGUUUUUACCAGGUACUUGCAAAGUGCUGACGAAAAGAGCAUCUUGGUGGUGGUCAAUCUGGCCGAGAAUGAGGUCAACGCUGACCUUAGUGGCGUGCCAACCCUUAAGUCUGGAGCAAUGAUCACUUAUCACGUGGGCGUCAACUCGUCUUACACAUCUGGGCAAGAAGUGUCGCCAUCGUCGGUGAAUGUUCCAGCCAGAGGGUCAUUGGUGUUCCUCUACACCAAUGCAGCAAGCACAACGGUUCGCGCCUCCCUGCUUCUUGUUUUCUCUGUUAUCCUCUCUUUGCUCCACUGAAAAACAGAAUAAUAUUCUAUAUUGCCAUGUACAUUUCUGAAUCAUAGAGACAGAUAAUAAAGUAGAUAUAAAUAACAAAUAAAUUGAUUUAUUUUUCUCAGA